AGUUACUCUCCAUCCGUGCCCUCACCAGCCGUCCUCUCUUCCACCCCCCAUCUCCUAUCCAAAGCCCGCCUCUUCCUCCGCCGAGAACUGCAGGUCUUCUUCCCCCCAACUGCGGCAGCUCCCUCAGCGGGGGACAGCAUCCAUCAAAACAGGGAGUUUCUUCUCGAGUACGUAAUUGCCAUGCUCAAAACCGUCGACCUCCAGUCUCCAUCCGGAGCCGCCCACGCCGAGAAUCUACUCAGAGAUUAUAUAACCCUACCCGACACAGGUGAUGACAGGACAGCACUCUUUUUACAUGAACUCAAGAACUGGAUGAGGUGGCGGGGCGAGCCACCAGGGAAUGUUAGUCUUGAGGGGUGGGAUAGGGGGGUGCAGUACCCUUCGCUUGAUGAGGGGAGGAAGCGUAGGUAUGAUGGCGGGGAGGAGGAUGACGAAGAAAGAGAGGGAAGGGGCUAUAGCUGGCAGGAUAAGGCGGGUGAUCACUGGAGGCCUGAUCCACCUCACUGCGGUCAGCACAGUGGAAGAAACGACAGCGGCAGGAGAAGAGGCGGUGUGGUGGGCAACGGAAGGGAAGAUGAGCGGUCUCGUCGUAGGAGGCAUGAUGUGUGA